AUGGGCAAAGCAUGUAUCAGCGGCGCUGAACUUCGUCAUAUCGCGACCUUUGGCAAGACCAUGGAUGAGAGCUCUGCGCGCCGACCUGGACCGUAUUCGACCAGGUCAAGGUACGGUGGCAAGACGAUCACUUACAAGGAGUCUGACGACGACGACGACGACGAGACUGGCAAGGCCGACGAGAACUACGCAGCCGACGGGGCUUACGAGGAAGACGGAAGUUUCGAGAGCGAUGACGGCUUUGCGACCUCAGACGACGAAAGUGACUACGAACUGCAGCCGGACGACUACGACGAUUAUAGCAAUUGCAGAGCCGAUUCGGCCAAUGCCACGAACGAAGAUGUAUGGCCCGAGCAAUUCCCAGCGGAAAAUGAUAUGGUGAAGCUGAAGCGCUGGUACGCCAGAUUCGAGCCUUUUCACCCCGUGGAAGAACGACUCACCCUGAAGAGGCGGACUCAGCUCUUUGGCGGCGCGCCGCUUAUUCACGUUUUGAUUGCAUGGUCGUACAUUCCUCCUGGGGAUCGCCAUGGAUGGUUGCCCGACGCCUUUGGCCGCAAGCGUGGCAGGCCAUACGAGAGGACCUGUGAGAGGGUGUGGGAAUCAUGGAAAAAGUACGAAGGUGACCUGUUUGCGAGUGCUGCAGGUGCUGUGGCCGACAGUCCAAGUGGGUUGAGUAGUACAGAUCCGUCAGGCGGUGCAGCUACAUCAAGCAGUGCAGCUCUACCGAGCAGUGCAGCUACAUCAAGCAGUGCAGCUACAUCGAGCAGUGCAGCUACAUCGAGCAGUGCAGCUACAUCGAGCAGUGCAGCUGCAUCGAGCAGUGCAGCUACAUCGAGCAGUGCAGCUCUGUCGAGCAGCUCGGUUCAGACCCAGAAGCAGAAGAAGCAGUGGCGACUUACUACCUCCCAAGUGUUCCACUAUGGCAUGAGAAACACUGACGAGACACGGAACCAGUCGUCCGAUGAGCUCAGGACAGCGAUACUCUUGAAGUUGGGCGAGUAUCAUGUCGGGAUUCUCAGUGGGGAUGGCAAGAAGAAGCUGGACAUUGAAGGUCGAGAGGCAAUGCGGCGCAUCAAGACUGAGAAGGACAAGGUCCUUGGCGACCUCGUAAAAGCAUUGGCUCGUUUGUUGAAGGAGAAUUGA